CAGAAGGAACGAUCGCCAGACAGCGGCGCAGCGACGCCAAAGCGGACGCGCAUGCACUCAACUAGCUCAUCCACCUGUAGUAGAUCCGACACGCAGCCGAUGCAAGAUCGAACAAUGUCCCGGUCGAAAGACGACGACUGGAAUUUUCGCAUCAAAGUUUUAUCAGCUGCCAACUGCCUCAACAAUGAUCUCUUCAGAGACGCGGUAAAGGGCCUUGUCCGUAUCUGCUUUCCUGAUGGUAUUUUGAAGCAGUUAGGACAACAUGUCAUAGAGCAGCACAUGCGCGAAGAACGAGCCAAACCAGCGAACAUACAGCGGACGAUGGAGGCCUUUCAACCGGAGAUGAUACGCCGUUUGAUAGGCAUGCUCGCUGAAUACUUCGAUACGCCCGAUCAGGCAGUCUCGGCUGUACAGGCCGCGCUUGGACAACGACGCAAGACUCCAAACGACGAAGAAACCACAGACUCUAGCAAUACUCUCGUUGAGCAAUCUCUUUCACCGAAGAAAAAGAGGCGCAAUCGUAGUAGGAAGCUUCAAGAGGCUACGCCGUCACGCCCAAAAACCCCAACAGAAAAUACCGUUUCCAAUUCCAACACGGUUUCUCAAAGGCAGAAGGAUAGGAAGAUUUCAUCCUCAUGGGACUGGAAUAUCGAUCCCGAUACAGUCACUGAAGAAGCUAUACAACAUGCAUUCCCACGUACUGCUGAUCUGUUUGCAUAUCAUACUCUGCCUACCACCCAACAAAUGCUGGGAUCCAGAGCAUCGAGAAAGGAGAUGCUGAUUGACAUGCAAUCACUGCUAGACGGCUUGUCCCAAAAGGAAUUCCAGAAGUGGGUUGAAAGCUUGGAUAAGCUUUGCAAAGGCAAUCGCGGAAUGUUGGUCCGGCCAGAGCUCACUCAGAUGAACAAUGGCCAAUUGUCUCGUGUGACACCCGCCCCAGGCCAGUCAACGCUAUGUAUCAGGAAUAAAGGCAUACCCUUACGCAGGAACACCAUCAUCAAAUUCGAGGAUGCUGAGGGUUCUGGCGGAAUAUCAAAAACUCAGGAAGCACGAGUUACCAACGCGGCCAUGCAGGCUACCGUAACUAGUAGGCCGAACUUGUCAACAGAGGAUCGCGACCUCGGAUCAACAGUCCCUAGUGUAGCGACUGCUGAUGAGAUGGACACCAGCCGCUCUCAGAACAAUGAUAAUAUUGACAGUUCUUUCGGUAUGCCCGUGUUGCAGUUGUUGUGGGGAACAGACUCCUUAACUCCAGACAUGUGUGUCAACGAUUACUUGCAGAUCACCGAGACGAUAAUGAACAAUCUACAACGCCGACUUCCAGCUGAGGCAAGUCCGAGUCUCCUACGCAUAGUUGCAAGCGGCCUUGGCGGCCAAAGUAAGACACGCACAAAGGAUGAGCUUCGGAGUAGCAUUGUUCAAGCUUUCCCCAAACCUGGACAAUUUAUCAACUUGAUGAGAAUAAAGAAGAACAUUGAAGGUUCAUUGGUGGACUGGGUAAUCGCGGAGCCGCAGGCUUUUCCCGAGCUGAAGGCUAUGCCUUUUGUAUUCGCUCGUGUACUACCGCAUAUACGAGUGGCGAUCGAAUCGCUCUUUGGCUCCUGGUCUGCAGUAUCCAUACUAAGUGGAGUUCAAGUGUGGCGAAGUAUCCUUGAAGCUCUGGAGCAGCGAGGCCUAUCAGAAGCGUCGGUUGGUGCGGUAAACAUCGACUGUUUACAGAUCGAUAGUCUUUGCAAUAACUGCAAGUUUCCAGAGGUCACACGGCGCGCACUUCUCGAGCGUAUCUUUCGUCGUUUAGUCUUUUUACACAAAGACAAAUUUCCCGAGUUGAAAGAAACACCGGUUGUCAAGGUGUGGGAAAGAAAGACAGGCCUGGAAUGGUGA